AUGAAGCUCUCACUGCCAGAGCAAAUCGAAGAAAUAAGAAAAAAACGAGAAUUACUAGCCGGAUGUCAAGAAGCUUUUACUGAACAAGUUGAUCUACAAACAGAUAAAAACAAGCGAAAAAUCUCGCAGUUGCAGAAAGAAAAUAAAGAGCAACGACGAAAACUAAAAGAAUUACUCGAGGGCGACGAAAAAGUUUUAAACGAAGCAUUCAGUGGGAGAAAAGAUGAACGUGCAGCCCUAAAAAAUAAAUCCGGUUAUAUUGCCAUUCAACUGACAGAUGAACAAUUGGGCGACUUAAAGAAUAAAUUAAAUUCUUAUCGUCAUCAAAAUACCUCAAAACAGAAACAAUUGGAGGAAUUGCAAACACGCUAUGAUCAGAUGGUCAAAGAUACAGACGAAGCAGUUCGAACAGAUGCUGGUGAAUCAGAAACGGCUGCUCGUCUAAGACAAUUAGAAAAUCGUCUCGAUAAGGCUGAACUAAAAUGUACAGAAGCAGUUACCAUUCAAAGAACAUAUAAUCAAAUUAAAUCUCAUCUUAUUCAGGAAAGUUUAACGUAUACAAAUCGUUUGGAUGCUAUGGAAAAACAAAUUCAUAAAACACAAGAAGAAUUUAAUGAAGUAGAACGUAUUGCAACAGAGGCAGAAUUAGCACAGAAAAAUGCUAAAAAUGAAUUGAAGAAAAGUGAAGAUAAAGUUUAUAGAGAACGAAAAGAACGUGAAUUACGAUUAAAUGGAUUGAAAACGGAAGCUGAAGAAAAAAAAAUGCAUACUGAACGUGCUGAUCGUCGACCAUUGCAACGUCCUACUAGUCCACAAGAAGACGUCAAAGAUCGAUUAUCCGAACAAGAUCAAACAAAAAUUGAUAUGUAUGAAGAAGCAUUUUCAAAAAUUAAAGAAGCAACAGGUGCUAGUACAAUGCAGGAAGUUGUUGAACGCUUUUCAUCACAAGACGAGACAACAGCUCAUUUAGAAAAAAUGAAACAGGAAGCUGAACAAAAUACAGCAAAACUUCUUGAAGAAAAAUCAAGAUUAAGUAAAGAAUUUGAAGAAAUGAAAUAUUCUGGCGAAGCAAAAACAUCAACAGGACAACGUUUUCUGGAAAAUGCUCAAGAAACACUUGAUAAUAGUGAAGAUCGACGAGAAAAAAGUGUAAUUAAAAUGGAAAAAACGAUGAAGAAAAUGAUCGAAGUAAAAUCGGGCAUUGAAUAUUUGGCUGCCAAAUUACAUCAUUUAAAAGGAACCAAAAGUCAAGUUGCAACAACAAUUAUAUCAUCUCAAUCCAAUGAUUAUGUACUUGAUUUAUUGGGAACAACUGAAGAAAAAUUAGUAAAACUCGUUGAAGAACUUGAAGCUAAAGAUUUACAAGGAACAUUACGUGAAUUACGACAACAAGAUUUACAACUUUAUAGUGACGGUAAAUUGCCACAGUAUAAUACCCGUAUAAAUCCACCAUCGAUACAGAAAGGAGGCGCACUUUACGGAGAUGAUGAGAAUGCUGGAGAAGAUAAUCCAGAAGCAAUGACAAGAGAUAGAAUUAAAAUGAAUGCUGAAGAACUGAUAGGAUUAAAAACAAAACGAAUGAAAAAGCCAAAAAGCAAAAAAUAA